AUGCCCAACUAUGCAAAAUUCCUCAAAGACAUUUUGAGUGGUAGGAGGACUUGUGAUGUUAUGGAGACGGUCAACUUAACCGAGAAUUGUAAGGCAAUUAUAAAGAACAAGAUGCCACCCAAGUUGAAAGAUCCCGGAAACUUCUCUAUCCCUUGUGCCAUUUACAAGAUGCAAAUUGAUAAUGCCUUAUGCGACUUAGGGGAUAGUGCUAGCCUAAUUCCAUAUUCGGUUUAUCAAAGACUUGAGUUAGGUGAACUUUUGCCUUCAAAAAUUAACUUACAAUUAGUCGAUAGGUCAAUCAAAUUUCCUAAGGGUAAGAUGGAGGAUGUUCCUUUGAGAGUAGGGAAGUUUGUGAUUUCGGUGGAUUUUGUGGUUCUUAAAAUGGAUGAAGAUGCUACCAUUCCUAUUAUUCUUGGUAUUCUUGCUACCUCGGGUGCCAUGAUUGAUGUGAAGAGUGCAAAAAUUUCCCUUAAGGUAAGAGAUAAGGUUAUGGAAUUUGACUUGAAUGAAAGCAUUAAGUAUCUAUGUUCUUCUUUAGAAAAUUGCAUGUUGAUUGAUUCUCUUAAUCUUGUUGUAUCUUCCAUGCAUGAGCACUUGCUCACUUCUAAUGAUCCUCUUGAGAAUGUCUUGUUGAAUAAGGAUAAGAUAGGUGCUCCUAUCAAGGAAAUGGCAAUGUAUGAGGACUUGCUAAAUGGAAACAUCGAGGAAGUGGAUGAGCAUAUGUGCAUGAAUAUUUCAAGCCAAGAAGCUUUGAAAGCUGCCACUUCAAAGGAAGGUAAAGGUGUACCAAUGGUUAAGCUCAAACCACUUCCAUCACACCUUAGCUUUAUUCAUCUACUUUCCUGA